UGUGACUAGUAAUUGAGUGGGUGUGCAGGUGAGAGUUUCCACUUAAUAGGUUGCCUCUCCUGUGCUGUCACUAGGAAGAACAGAGGGUAGUGACACUGGGAGAAAAGGAGACCGGAGAGACGGAGAGAGAGAGGCUCUACACAUCAUCGGCGGCUGAUACAGACAGUUUCAUCCUCAGACUUUUGCUCAACGCUACACACGGACUGGACUAAGGGCUCCUACUCCCUCCAGAAGACUAUGGCCUCAACUGCUUCUUUUAAAGGCACAGGCCUCCUGCUCUUCUUACUACUGGGACUGCAGCCAUCGUCAUUUAUUUCCGGACAAAGCACAACCUCAAGUUCCAAUUCAACGAUCAAUGCUACAUCAACUGUGAUGUCACCAGGCAUGAGUACUGACUCUGCAGCAACUAUCAUGACAGCUACCACAGCUCAAACUACAAUGUCGUCUGCCAUUUCCUCUACGAAUGCUACAAUGUCGUCUGCCAUUUCUUCUACGAAUACUACAAUGACGUCUGCAGGGUUGGGUAGUGGAACCACAAGCACGGACAAUACCACUUCAUGGGGCACCAGUGGCAUGACCAUGAUAUCCUGUCGCCAGUUCUCCUGUAACUCCUCAGACUGCUACGAUGUGUACAUGAAUAUGACUUCUGUUUCAUGCGACGCUAACAUCACCUUCUGUGAGCUGAAGAGACAGGAAGACAUGWCUUACACCGGUGGCUGCAGUUCCUCCUGCGGUAAUGCCUGUGUCAACGACACUCAGACCAACUGUUCGAUGGGAUGCUGCAACUCCACUGACUGUCUUAGCUCUACCCUGGCCUCCUUUGUUCGCACAAACACUACAACAGUGACUACAGUGAUGAUGAUGACCACCACCACAACAACAGCAGCAGCCACCACUACAACUGCUGAACCAACCGAUAAACUUAAGAAGUGUCAGAUGUUUAUGUGCACAGAGCAGAACUGUUACAAGACUUGGAUAACCAAAGACCCAAUGCCUUGUCCCCUCAACCAGCCCUACUGUGAGCUGAAAAAGAUGACAACUGGUUCAACAACGAUCUGGAUGGGAGGCUGCAAUGCCAACUGCACAAGAAACACCUGGUGUACAACCACAACAGAUACAUGCCACCAAGAGUGCUGCAACACCUCCAUGACCUCCUGCCUCAAGCUGGAUGGUACUCUGAACGUUCCUUCUUCUGCCGCUAGGGGUCCGCACUUCCCUUUAGCAUUGGUCACUGCUGCUCUGCUGGUUUGUCUGCUCAGCAUUGGUUCUCUGGUUUAAACUGGGUCGUGUUUAGUAGGUACCAAGCGGGAAAGAAAUGUAUUGAACGAGGGAGGAAAUACCUUGACUUGUCCGUUGCAAAAUGGUUUAAAAACGUUGCCUGUUGUGUGACUUAAUGAACACAACCCUGAUGUGUCGACCUACUGAGCCAUUGCUUGAAUAAUAUACAGCGAUAGUAGUUAGCACAGCAAAACCUGGUUUCAAUUCCACAUGAAUACUAUACUGGUUGUAGGUCUAGCCUACUCUGUUUUUGUUUGUUUGUUUGUUUGCUUGUAUAUGAGAUGUAUUGAGAUACUGUAUAUGAGGGCUUGUCACGUCCUGACCAUAGAACGCCUUUAUUUUCUAUGGUAGAGUAGGUCAGGGCGUGACUAGGGGGGUUA